ACGAGUCUUUUUUGGCAUUUAGUCUUAACUGUUCUGGAACUCUCGGACUCAGUUACGCACAUCUCUACUGGAGUUCCCUUCCCACAAAAUAAGAGGAGAGAGAUGUCAUCUAAAAUGUCAUCUUAUGUCUUACUGCUAAGCGAUCAAACUGCACAGCUGUUGGCAGAAUACAAGAUGCAGAUUUUGUCAAAUGAACUUAAACCAAGCUUUAAUCUGAAAGUACAUCUACAAAACUCAAAACCUCUGCCUGAACUUACUAAUGAAGAAUUUCUGCAACUACUGCUACUGACCAAGAAAAUCACUUGCUUCGCUGAGAGUGAAAUAUCCGGAGACGGCUCAGAUUGGAAUCCAACAGAGUUGAGGAUUCUUGGAGACGUGUCUGUUGCUAUGUCUGCCAUGGCAUUCGACAACGGAGUGUGGGACGUUCACGAAAAAACAUUUAAAACACACGAUCCACCAGUACCUGUCAAACUGAUAUUCACCCCAGGUCCACUCCUCCAUGGGAGCAGAUUCCGCUCAACAACCCCAGAUUUCGACGACAUCUCCGACCACGGACAGAUAAGCCAGGUGAGAUACAACGCAGUUAUCGAGAGAAGACUCCUCCCAGCCUUUCUGUAUGCGAAUGAAACAGCAAAACAAGAAGGUAGAAAAGCAUUAUUAGUACUUCCGGGCCUAGGAUGUGGCCAAUUUGCAGGAAAAUUCCAUGGGAAGAUGGGCGAACAUUUGAACCAAGCUUUACAAGCAAUACUAAAAAAGUUUGACUUUGAAAACAUAGCCUGUGUCAGAUUUGACCCGUACAGUGAAUGUGUGGAUUUUGAGCAGGAGAUCAAAUACGUCAAAUACCGCGUUAGACUAAACGUGGGUCCCUUGGGAAAAUCUCAACUCUGCCAUGUCCGAGACUACGAGGAAACUCAAGGUGAGUUUGAAGGAUGCAUCUUAUAUAAAAUCGUGGCCUGGGAUCACGCUAGCUUACCUGGCAAUGACUACUUCCUUGGCUGUAGGACGACAGACGACGGCGUGACAGCUGCAGCGACCAACUCCAUGGAAUUGUUGACAGGAGUGGUAGGGAGUUACUCCCAGCCUGGCUAUUUCAUGCCACCUGCAGGCACCGGGUCUUGGAGAACUGUCGCAUCAAAAAACAAAACCAGGCUAUUGGCCGAGGGGAACAUCAAAGUGGCCUUGGGCAACGGGCUGGUAGAGCUCAGUUGAGCAAAAACAUGUGACCAUUUAUAUGAAAAACAUUAAUAAAUACUGUUACAGUCACUGUAUAUAUUAUAUUAUUAUCUCUUGCUCAUUCACCACAUUCCAGAAACACGGUGACCUUCCUGCCAUCCCCCACCCUAGGCCAGCUUUUGUCAAGUACUGGUCUAUUUCAUAUUGUUUGAGUGAAGCAUCCGAAUCACUGAUCAAUAUGUGUACUGGUGCAACUAACUGCUAUCAAGUGAUCCUUGU